AAAGAUAUGAAGACGGAUACCGACUUUGUGGGCCCUCAACCUAACGACUUUGUAGACGCACUCACGAUGCUUUUACUGUUGAUACUUCUCCUUCGUUGGCUAAACAAAAGAACUUUCAAUAUUCCUGAUUCUAUCGCACUUUCGCUCUCUGCAGUGACUUCUUCCAUAUUGGCAAUCCUUGCGAAUCGACUAUUUCCGCACAUUUUCAUACCUGGAUUGAACCUGGACAGAUUUCAACACUUUACCGUAUCUUUCCCAAGCUUUGUUCUCGAUUCUGCUUUGGGUUUUCUUCUCUUCGCCGAUGCAGCAGAGUUGGAUAUUAUUUCACUUCGCAGAACCGUCGAAAUUAUAUUCUCUCUGGCAGUAUUUACUACUUUGUUGGCUUCCAUUUUGAAUGCUGCAUUUCUCUUUCUUCUCCUAACAGCAAUUGCCAAUCCACUACCGUUUGCACAUUGUCUGUUAUUCGGUGCCAUUAUUUCACCUACCGAUCCUAUUGCUGUGAAUGGAAUAUUGAAAAGUAACAAGUCACUUUUGCCGAAGCUGCAACGGUUUAUUAUCAAUGGAGAAGCCUUAUUCAACGAUGCUGUUGCGGUGGUAUUAUUUACAGGUCUUCGGAGAUGGAUCCGCAGUCCACAGAAAGUAGGAGUGGGAUAUUUUCUCGACAUGGUGGUUCGAGAAGUGUUGUUUGGAAUCGUGAUUGGUUUGGUUCUCGGUUAUCUUGCCUACUAUUUGUUGCAGAAUAUCAAAGACAAGAUAUUAGAAGCUAACGUAACCAUUGUUUUGGUUUUGAUGAUCAACAUGACUGCAAAAUAUCUGGGAGCCUCCAUUCCUUUGGCCAGUGUUGUAGCAGGAUUGAUUAUUGGCAACUAUGGAACAACUUUUGCUAUGAGUUCCAGUAAGUCUUUUCAUUGGUUGUGGCAGUUGAUUAGUGAUAACUUGAAUAGUAUUUUAUAUCUUUUGAUGGGAUUUAUCUCAAUUGCUCUAGUCACACUUCCAGAGAGCAAAGGCUCUUAUGGUACCAACAUUUAUUACGGUAUAUUUCUAGCCAUGAUUCCUUUAUCCUUGUUUGCUCGUUUCUUAUCCAUAUUUAUUCCACUUCAAUGCCUUAAAUUUCUUUAUUUGCUUCGUGGUCAACGCCUUCAUCCAGCAUUGAGGAAUGCCGUUCCAUUUCGUUUUAUAGGAGUACUAACUUGGAGUGGAAUGAAAGGGACGAUAUCGGUCGCAUUGGCUUUAUCUCUUUCCGAAGAUAUCCACUCACGCAAUUUGAUUUUUCAAUUGUGUUAUUUGUUGGUUUGUUUUAGUACCGUUGUACAAGGACUGUUUUAUGAACCAGUUAUUCGAUGGCUAACUCCACCUAUACCUGUUUCUUUACCACAGUCGAUGACUAGUGAAGAAAAGUCAUUUUUGAAUAUAUCAGGUAAUAUACCAAUGAUGAUGGAGAAGGAUGGACACAAGAACAAACCACUCUAUCGCGAAAAGACUCCUCAACUGGAGCCAUUGCCAUCGCUAUCGGAUAUGAUUCGCUCUGUUGGUCUUAUGGCAGUGGCACUUCAUGAAAACCAACGAGAGUCUGCCUAGUAGAUGCAACAGGAGAAAAUGAACAACAUAAUAAUGGAAUGAUAUUCAACUUGAGAUAGAUAGAAAUAAUAUGUGUGUCAGAAGGAGAAAAGAAAGCCCAUACUAUUUGA